GGUACGUACACACGUGUGUUUUGCAUUUCCUCCCUGUUGUCAUCAAACCGCAUUAACCUUCAUGGAACGAAAACGUACAGUGACUGAUGAUGUCAACGGAGAAACAGCGCCAAAAGUGAAAAAGGGAAAGCACAAAACUAAGUCCGCGAACACGCAAAAAUCCCUGUCAGUGUCGCUAAACAAGUGCUACACUGAAGAUGAAAAUGUGAAGAAUUUUGAGUCGUCGUAUCAGGCUGGCAAGGCGUGCGACGCAGGUGGAUUGCAACUGUGCCAUGAACCAUUCACCCACGGUGUCCUGCCAACUUUCAUUGAAGAUGAAGAAUUCCUUGAGAGCCUUCAGGAAGAGCUUCUGGACUUGACAUUCACAGAGAAAAACAAUGACCUGUACAAGUUUUACCAGAGCAGAGAAGAUCUCAAAGUUGUGCAGACCCCUCACAUCAGUGCUCUAAGGGACCUGAUUUAUGUGAAAUUUAAAGAAUGGCUGGAAACAGUGACCCAUAUACCCCUAAACAACACAGUCGACAUGUCUUGUGCCAAGUACGAAUUUACAGACACACUGCUGUGCCAUGAUGAUGAACUGGAAGGGAGACGGAUUGCCUUUAUCUACUACCUUGUUCCGCCAUCAUGGUCAAAUGAGGAUGGAGGGGCACUUGAUCUGUUUGCACUCAACGAGAAUGGACAACCUGCGGGUGUUGUGAAGUCUGUGGUUCCAGUGAGAAAUAACUUCCUGUUCUUUGAGGUGACGCCAUUGUCAUUCCACCAGGUGGGUACAAUUGUAGUUAAUUCAUGACAGAA